AUGAAAAUUAUUAUUGUAUUUAUCGUUUUAAUUACAAUUGCCGUAGCCUCGUCAUAGCAAGGCUUUGAUGAAAUCAAGUCAUGGAGGGAAAGAAUACAAUUUAAAUAAGAUUAUGAGAAAUUAUAAGAAAUGAUUCAAUAGGUCGAUCACAUUAUUGCCUUUUUAGACACUGAAUAGGGAAAGUAAUUAACAUUAAUUUAAUUCCAAGGAAUCUUACUCCCAAGUAAUAUGAAGAGUUGCUUAAUGAAAUUACAGUAAUUGAAGAAGAAAUCAAAGUGAUAACAUCAGCCUACAAAGAAGACGACUUAUGAUUAUUUAUAUGAAUGUGUCAAUUAAAUGAAAAAGCCAUC